AGGGCCCACCGAUUAAAGGAAUUAGUGAAAAAGUUCUGAAAAGGUUUGAUAAAAUGCACCUGCUCCCGAGAAAAGCGACAAAUUCCUUAUCGCUGGAGUGAUAUCGUCCUUGUGCUGAAGGUGAAGGGUAGUGCCGUGAAGUCACCACCGUGUUUUGUAUGUCAUCAAAUUUGGUUGUGUUUAUUUCACAAUUCAAUAAAGCUCGAGCCAAUUAAAGCGGGUGACGGUGUUGUGACUAGCAUGGGGGGACAUUUAAAUUGUUUGGAGAUAGGUCACGGGACACGCAAUUGUUAAAGACAAAGCCUUCUCCAUCGGCAGCACGAUCGGGUGCUAUCGUACCACGGUGGCAACGCAGAAUCCACAAAAAUAUCGAUCGCUAGUUGCAGUUUUGUGUUAUUUAGAGUAUAGUUACGGAAAAGUUAAGUGUUUAGUGGCCAUAGUGAAGAAGUAUAAUGGAAGCUGAAAGAUGGCGCAAAUUCAACGCCAAUCUGUGUGAUGCUAGCUUUUCAUAGUGUUACUUUUGCACACAAAAAAUCAUUCACGUUGAAUGGAUCGGAAAUGUUGUGUAUCUCGCCACUUUCUCGCUACUUUCGACUCAGCUGUGCGUAGAGAGAAAAAAUUAAGCCCCCCGGAUCGCGCGAAGAGAACUAUCCGCUACACCACAAGGCAAGCUUUAUCGUGUCUAUCCUUGCUCCUUGGACAAGAUUGUUAUCAUACGUAUGGUGCCUUUGGAUGUUGUUACAUCUUCAAAUAGUGCGUUGUGAUCAGUGAAUCGUUGUGAAACGUCCACAAAAUGGCCCUCUCGUCGGAUCCCCACGAACAGAAGUUGUAUCAUAUGUUCCAGUCGUACGCCUCGGGCGAUAGUAAAGCCGUGGGACUCGAUCGGGAAGCCCUACUUAAGCUUUGCUUCUCACUGGAGCUGAAAGAGCGGGGACACCUUUUGGUCAAAUGUUUGUUCUCUGGCUCGAAGACACACAUCAGCUUCGGCGAAUUUCGGCAAGGGUUGCUGCAUAUUCUAGAAGGAGAUCUCAAAGAUUCUCUCGCAUCAUCGAGUACCCGCAAUGGAUCGUUUUCGUCUGAUUCGUCUGACCGGACCUCAACCUACAGCAGAUACGCCGAAGACUCCGAUCGGGAACAGCAACAACAACAACAGCAUGCACUAGAAACAUGCUCAUCAGGUCCGGAGUUUGAAAUCGUUCGUGAUAGAAACACUAGCAGCAACAACAGCGUGGGCUGCAGUAACACAUCUGGCAUUUCUUCAGAAUCCUGCUCCCCUUUGUUACAUCAAUCGACUGGAGGAGGUCGCCAACGACGACCAAGCAGUGGUGGUGAUGUUGCGUCAAACGUUGAUGCCGUCACUGGCGAGGAGCAGGAAGCGAAGAAGGAAUCGCAGCAGUCGGCGGGUGCAGCUAAGCAGGCGAACGAAAAGCGAAUUGGCUUUGGUACCGAAACUACCAGCGCUAAUGAAUGCGGGAAUCGUAUAAAUGGUCGCAGUAAACAACGAACGACAAACAAGAACACGAACGAUGAGACGGAGGACUGCUCGGAUAGGGAAGUGCUGCCGAAGUUUGUGGUCGGAACGAAAAAGUACGGCCGUCGGUCAAGGCCACGGCUAGAAGAUGUGAAUGGUGGUUGUGAAUCAUCUUCACAGUCGUCGAACUCGGACAACGAAUCCGUCAAUACGAUGGCACAGCAAGGUGCCUUGCUGAGUCCCGGACAACACAACAUGCUGCUAACCACCGGUUGCAGCGUUAUAACCGGAACGGGCACAGGCACGGUUGCUACUGCAUCGUCGCGUGUACAACGGUCCGUCUCUCAGAGCGACAUACACGGUUCGAAACGAAGGCGGCCCAUGACGUACGGAAGUGGUAGCAGGUUAAAGCGUUGCGCCUCGCUACCUACGCAUCGCCAACGGCCUUCAAAUUUAACCGACAGUGCCGCGUUGAACAGCUCAGCUCUGAGGGAGCAGCUUCACAUGGAUGAUAAACAAAUUGAUAAGAAAAUUUACUUCAUGAAUUUAUCGGAAAAUUUGCGAGCAAUAUGGUACUCGCUGCUGAAGGAAUCUGGCGAACGGAGUCAGCCUGGACCAGACAAGCUGAAUCAAGCUCAGCUCGAGAUGGUUUGUGAAAGUGCUGGGCUGCUGACGGAUGCUGCUCGGAUUGCAGCACAGGAGGUCUUUUCCAAACUGUCACGUCACGCCCUAGAGGGUAUUUCGUUUGAUGAGUUCAUCGGACUGCUAGAGAGCAACACAAACAUUCUGCAAAUUGCCAACAACGAGUGCGAUCAUCCAGCGACACAACAGCAGCAGCAGCAUCCAUCCGAUUGCAGCGUUCUUUCCGAUCUUUCCAGUACCCGGGAGGAUAGUAAGGAUUUCACACUUGCCAUAAUGCCAGAUUGGUCGUCUGAAAUCGGUUCACUUGCUGCUCGCAUCAUCGUCGACAUGUGGGAGUCGGCGGGUAUUGCUGCACCCACGGCGCUUCUGCACGAUCUAGGGUUCGACGACGAUGUCAUACAAGUAGCGGAUUUGGUGCAGGCACUGGAAGAGGAACACCAACGGUUGAUCAACGAUCACCAUCGUGCAGCGAACUGCGGUAACUCUAUCGCGGACGCCUCACAUAUUGUUCGAGCCUCUUUAGCACUGCACAAGGCAGAAGUGAAUGCGCUGCGUCAGGCGUUCCAUCAGCUGGUGGAGGAGAACAAAAAACUGUACGCCGAUAACAAGGAGGUGAACCAUCGGGCAGUGCUGCUAGCACAGGAGGUCGAUGAGCGCCAGAAUUCGCUGGAAACUUCGACGCGAAACAAAAUCCGCCAACUAAAGCAGCGUCACCAUGAGACGAUGAAGGAGCUGUCUUCGCAGCUAAGCUACGAACGAGAGCAAAUGUCGCACGCCACCGGUCUCCUAGAGCAACGGAUUAUGUCGUUGGAGACGGAAGAGACCAAGCUACGGGCGGAUUUGUCACGAUUGACGAAUGAAAACGAAGAGCUACGCCAAGAGCAGGAGAAUCUUACGAAGGAGAUUACCGAGCUGCUGGAAAAGAAUAUCAAGCUCAACCGGGAUAUUGCCGAACUGGAGGAAAACAAUCGGAGUGAUUACCUGGGCGAAGAGGAUGACGGUUGCGGCGGGGGGUCGAUCAACAGUCCGCUGGGCCGAAAAGACAGCGAAGAAGUGUGGGAUCUAAUCGAGCGUAUAUCCUCCCUCCAGAAGGACAACAGUGGAUUGCGCGACAAAAACGAUGAGCUUGUUGCCGAGAUCGAGCAGUUGACGCUAGAGUUAACUAAACUGAAAGUGAAGCGAGGUAACAAAACGGCAACGGUGGACGAUGUAACAGCAGACGUGGGUGCUUCUGGAUGCUCCGACGCAGCUGGAGAUGGCAUCGGUGUGGGUGUGUCUGCCACCAAGCGGCGUGGGGACUCGCCCAGUAAAACGCAUAUUGCCGACGAUAGUUCUCCACGAUUGGGCAAAUUCCGUAAAUGUAAUUUGGAAAAUGGCAACGAAUCCGAUUCAUCAUCCGGUGACUGGAUGGCUCUGCACUCUGAGCUUGGUGCCAACAUCCGUGGCACCACCGGUGUUUCUUCGUCUGGCAUUUCGAGCCUCAAUGAAUCGAGCAUCGAGUCCCAGGUACGGAACGAAGAGUUGAAGAUGCUACGGGCAAAGGUAGAAGAACUGGAGGCACAGUUAGCGCAAACCGGAAAGAAAGAAGAACUGGUCAAGCUAAAGGAACCCGCCGGUACCAGUGCUGCUAAUGAAAAAGGACCCGCUACCGAUGCCCCUGAGCCUACGAAAGACCUGAAGGCACGUUGCGAGGAGCUUGAACUAAGCCUGGAACAGAUGAGGAAAGAAUAUGAGGAUUGCGAGGACUAUUGGCAAGCGAAGGUAAACGAAGAGCGACAACUGUAUGAAGAAGAGCAGCGUGUUAGUGAUGAGAAGCUGACGGAGCUGCUCAAGAAAAUGGCCGAGUACGAGGAACAGUUUGCUCUACAGUCAUCCGGGGGCAAUGCUGGAGGCCGUGACGGUCGUUUAUCCCCUAUCGACGAGAAGGAUGGAUUGGAGCAGCAGUACCUAGAGCUAGAAGCCGAUUUCGAGCAGGUUCAAUUAGCGAUGGAGGAAAAAUCCCAAGAGGCCGAACGACUGCGGCAAAAGAUCGAAGAGUUGGAGGAACAGAUGAACAAGUAUCCUGCAAUGAUUUUAUCACCCGCAGUCAAUCGUAAUGCUUCGCCUGAUCAGACGGAUGCCUGUUCUCCAAUCAGUUACCUAUGGAAGCAGAGCACCAUCCAGCGGCCGGUACGAGAUUACCAGAAUCCAAACUGGAAACCGACCCCACCAGCAGCAGCGCAGGUCAAUUGUUUGAGUGUACCGAAUGAUGGGGCAUCAAAGAAAGAGGCAGAGUAUCUGCAGUGCCACUCCGCUGAAGAGAUACUAUCGAACGAUGAGCAGUUCGAUAGAGUGAUUUCUCCCUUGCAGGGCCACGUUGCUGCUACUGCUGCUAUUGAUAGUAACAGUACUAUUAGUAAACAAAAUAUGUCAAGUAGUCAUAGUAAUAGCAGUAAUAGUUUCACGGUCUCCGAGUGCUUCGGUGGGGAGUUAUCUAAUGAAAGAUAUCAGCAGGAGUUGACGAACGAGAAGCUAUCGCAUGCUGUGGUGGUGGAUGAGCUUAAUGCACCAGAUACCUGUUCGGUGAAAUCGUUUCCCUACACAUACAGCAGUCCAAAGCAGCCUCCGAUGGAUGACGGUGGAUUGCAGCAAACGCAACAGCUGCGUUCGGUGCAGCUCCAGUUACAAGAUGAAAUCAAGGAAUUAACGCAAGAGCGGGACUGUCUGCUCAUGGAAGUUCAGCAGUUGAAGGAAGCGAAACCAAUUCUCGCUCGUGGAUUUACCAAGCCAGACGCAAACACGAAUUACGUGAAAACGAUUCAAUGUUUGGAACAGAAAAAUAAACGCUUGCAGUCGAUGGUGAAACAACAGCAACAAUACGCGGAGUCCAUGUUGUAUCAAAUUUGGCAGCAGCAGCGCACGGAAAUCAAUGAUCUACGAAACCGAGUAGAAGCACAGUGCAUAGUCAUAUCGGAUCAGUCUGCACGCCUUGCCAGCAACGAUUUGCUAGUCAAAGAUAUGUACGAGGAAAACACAAGGCUGGUGUCGCAGGUGCAGCGGCUCGAGCAACAGCGUGUUCGUGCCAAAUGGUUUCAAUCCGCUAACACCAACAACCCUUCCUCCUCCUCCUCGUCAAACUCUAAUCAUCACGGAUUUAGCGGCCUAAUGCCAGGAUACCCUUAGCAGCACCAGCAACCGUGGCAACAGCAACGAUUGGAUUGCUACACGCAUUGCUAAUUGAUCGUACAGCUAUUGGAAGUGCAACCACUCUGCCUUGUGUAAUAAUCUAUCCGUUUCAAAUUGUUUUGUACCACAUUUAUUCAGGAUGAACUGGUGCCGUGCACGAUGAAUUGAUGAAAUAGAAACAAAUGUACUAUUUUUUUAAUUUCAUGAGUACCUCAUAGCCAGUUUUACAUGAUAAUUUUUUUUCAGUAUACCCAGCUAAAUAUAUUUUCCUUAAACUCCGAUUCACUAAUCGACCUGCGGUAGUCGAUUUGUGUGCUGUCUACUGUAGUAACUGGCUCAGGCGCAGUUUAUUGUCGUACGUACUCACAUGAGAGAUUUUAUUGUAAACUCUAUUCUAUGUUAGAAUCGUCAACCAUAAUUAUUCUCUUUUUUUAUCGUCCAUUUUUAAGUUCAACUGUCUCUAUCCUCUUUGUUUUAAAAAUCCCAUGAAUCAUGAAGCACCAGGCGCGAAAAUAAUCUGUGAUUUGUGGCAUAAUGGGCGGCAGCAGUCAUUACUUCUCUCGCGCUACAAGAGUCCCAGUUCCUCAUCAACAAAGCUGGCACCAUCUAAAGUAGAUUAUGCUAGUUUCGAUCAUUCGUCAUACCCCAUUUUAUUACAAAUCAAAGCUUCUAUUUUAAUUCCCAAUGAUUCAUUCUUUUUUAAAUUAAGGAAUUUUAAAAACAUUAUGAUGGGUCAUUAUUAUGCGGACAGCGAAAACCCGAAGCUACUCUUAUUGAACUGAGUAAAACCAUCCUGAGUUCGCUUAAGUUCGAUGGAAUGAAUGUUAAAUAUGCAAAAUCACUACAAAAGGGGAACGGAAAUAAUGAUAUUACAAAUAAAUUAUUUUAUUUAUAUUUUUAUUGUUCCUUUUUAAUCGAUAAAACAAAAGAUAUGUAACAUAUUCUAAAAAAUACUGAAACAGGUAACAAAACCAACGCGGCUCUCGUAGUAGGCUGCUCUAACAAACGGAAUAGUUCCAUGGAAUGGCUCUGAUCUGUUCCGUCCCCAACGGUUACCUAACUAAUAGUUUUCUUUUUUUUUUUGGUCCAAAACCAUUUUUUACCUUCUUGCUGUUAAAACUUAGCGUAAUACAAAAUUAAAAGACAUUGGAUACAAACUGAGCAAUGAAUGAUUGGAACUUCUAUUAGUUAUGCACGUUAACAGGGAUGAGGGGGUGAGGAUUCAUAGUAAUGGUUCCACAUUUGAUGAAUGUACAAAUGCUGUUCAGAAAAGGCAUAUAAAAGACAAAAAAUUAUAAUAUGAUUCAAAAUAAAGGGUAUUGAAAUUGUAAACGCUGAA